CAUGUUGGCAGGAUGACCCAGAAAACAGACCUGAUAUUCAAUAUGUUGAAACAAUGCUUGGAAGAAUUUCAGGCUCAAAUAUAGUUGAUAUAAUUUAUGAAGACAGUAGUUCUUUCAGUCAUCCCAGUAAUAAUUUAACAGGGCCUAGUAUUG